CUUCUUAUAGUUACUCCCCUAGGACCCCUACAAGAUCAGGCAUGGUAAAAGUUGAAGUUAAAUUGUUGGACUACAAGAUGUUACGUGAUAAAUAAAGAUAUUUUUUUCUAAUCAUACUCCCAAACCACAGAUAAUGUUAUAAGCUUUAUAAUACAACUAUUCUACUCUAUAAAAUGGAUAUCGGAAUAUUCAAGUUUCAAGACUGCAGUUAACUCUGACAGACAAAGUCUGAUUUGUACUAUUAUAGGGAUUCAGUAACCCUGUUUUAUCAUUUGGAAAAGAGUUAACGGAAGAGUCUUGUAACUAUAGUUAAAGAAAAAGAGAAUGAUUUGCUUACGUCAUGGUUAUUAAAAUGUAUGAAAGCGUGUAAAAGUGUGCAGGGUAAAAAGAAGAAAAAGGUUGAUGCUGAGGCAAAUCUCCCUUAUAAAGCGGGGGACUUUCUCUAUUUCACUCUCACUUCUGUCUCUUUCCUCAGUAACAGUUUAAUAAAUGAGAAAAUUAGAUAAAAGUCAGCCACAGUUAAAUUACGAAAGUAAUAUUAUUGUCAUGUACUUGUGGCGACAGAAAAAAGCACACUGGAGUGGAGGGUACAAUUUUAUAACGAAAUAUUUGUAAGAAAAAAACAGACAAGUGAAAAGUGAAAACUAAAAAAAAAAAAAAAAAACUACAAUGAGGCAGCUUAACAAAUUUGAUUCUGCGACUAACAAUCAGACAAAUGAACCACAAUGAAGCCUGGUUUGUUUGGUAUGUUGUUGGUUUAGCUUAGUAGAGAAUAGAGACGUGUCAUCGGCAUAAGACAUCAUAUUCGAAUUAUUAAUUGGAAGAUUAAAUUUGAAAUUUAGCAAAAAAAAAAAAAGAUUAAAUUUGAAAUGUAUUAUAUUUAUGACAAGAGUUUAUUGGAAAAUAGUAAAGAAAAAAAAGAAAAUUUGAGAUCAAUGGAAUAGAUGAGCUCAACUCAAAUUAAAGAGAAACGAUGGGCUAGCUACCCGAAUUCAUCUAAAUGGGCCGAUACUGGGCUCACUAUUUUUCAUUUGGUUAAAACCCAAUUACCUUUUCGUCCAAAGGUUUUUCAUCGGUCAUCCUCGUCGGCAUCAUUUCUCAAUCUCUCCUUCGCCGCCGGACUCCGUCGCUUACAGUCUUUUGUAGAGUAAGAGAGAGAGAGAGAGAAAGAUGGUGAUUCCACCGGCAGUGAGACCACCACGCCUCUUCGACUACCUCAAACCUUACGUCCUGAAGAUGCACUUCACGAACAAGUUCGUUCACGCCCAAGUCAUCCACUCACCGACAGCCACAGUGGCUUGCGCAGCUAGCUCACAGGAGAAAGCACUGAGGGAAACGAUGGGGGUCACGCGCGACGUGGCUGCUGCUUCAAAGAUUGGUAAGAUCCUCGGGGAAAGGCUCCUGAUGAAAGAUAUCCCAGCUGUUGCUAUCCACAUGAAGAAAGAGCAGAGGUAUCAUGGUAAAGUCAAGGCUGUGAUCGAUUCCGUCAGGGAAGCUGGCGUUAAGUUACUUUGAGGAUUAUUUCAACAGACAAUCCAUGAAACCAAAAUCAAUCUCGUGUUAUUCGUUUCGAACAUUGUUGUUUUUUUUUUGUAGCUUAUCAGACAGAUUGAGAUCAGAUUGGUGGUUUUGUGCUUAUGUUCAUGUUUGUUCUUCAGCUUCAGGGUUAUGAAGAAACUUGUUCUAAAGAGAACUAAUGUUAUAAGCUUUGACUAUUGAAA